CAUGAUGCGCAGAAACUCGUCCUCGUUGAUUUCGCCGUCGCCGUCCCUAUCCGCCUCGUCGAUCAUCUCCUGGAGCUCCUCGUCCGUCAUGUUCUCGCCGAGCUCCUUCGCGACGCGCUUCAGGUUCCGGAACGAGAUCUUGCCCGUCUCGUCGUCGUCGAAGAGCCGGAAGGCCUUCAGGAUCUCCUCGCGGCUGUCCUUCUCGCUCAUCUUCGCCGUCAUCAUCUCGAGGAACUCCGAGAAGUCGAUCGUGCCGGACCCGUCCUUGUCGAUGUCCGAGAUCAUCUUCUUGAUCUCCUCCUUCUUCGGCUCGAAGCCCAGCGCGCGCAUCGCCACCUUCAGCUCCUUGGCGUCGAUGGUGCCCGAGCCGUCCGUGUCGAAGAGGUCGAACGCCUCGCGAAUCUCCUGCUUUUGCUCCUCCUGCGACGCGCGCCGCGCGUGGUCAAGGCGUGGCGGCAGCGCUCCCGGGCGCGCGGCUCUCGCAGAACCCCCAUUGCGGUUGGCGCUCAAACGGUAGCAGGUACUCGUGGGCCAGGACGAAGCGGGCGUGGGACGCCGCGACGCACCGUGAGCUCAAAUUUCUUCGACUUCUGCUUUUUCGACAUCUUGCCUGUUGAGACAGGCAGCUAUGGCGCUAGUUUUGUAUAA